AUGGCCAACGCUCAGUUUCGCAAGCCCUAUGGCGGUUCCACUCGUAAACUCGUGGUCGCGCUCGAUGUCGGCACGACGUGCAGUGGCGUCUCGUACAGUAUUCUCGAUCCCGGGAUCGUCCCUCAGAUAUUGACCGUGACUACAUAUCCCGGCCAAACUAGCUCGGGAGGGGACUCUAAAGUCCCUUCCGUCUUAUACUACGACGCCGAUGGUGUUCUACAAGCCGCUGGUCAAGAGGCGGAGAAUUUGCGUGAAAGUGGGGAAGCCGAGGACAAUGAGUGGAUCAGAGUAGAAUGGUUCAAGCUUCAUCUGCGGCCGAAGGAGAUGAAUGCUUCGCAUGUAAAAGACGGCGAUAUACCUCCGCUUCCCGCCAACAAGACCGUCGUGGACGUGUUCGCCGAUUUCCUCGCGUAUCUAUUCCAGUGCGUGAAGAACUAUAUCAGCACCGCACACGCUGCCGGCGAGACUCUCCUACAAUCCCUCCAGGGCAGUAUCGACUUUGUCAUGGGUCACCCCAACGGAUGGGGCGGUCUUCAGCAGCAGAAGAUGCGUCAGGCAGCUGUAAAGGCGGGUCUCGUUCCCAACGUAGACGCUGCUCGCCGAAGAGUACAGUUUGUCACGGAAGGAGAAGCGAGCCUGUACUACUGUCUCGAGAACGGGUUGUCCUCUGAGACACUGAAGAUUGGGAACAAGAUCAUGAUUGUAGACGCUGGAGGGGGAACAGUUGACCUUAGUUCCUACUGCAUCAAAGAUCUACGACCGCUGACAGUAGCGGAGGUGGCUGCACCGGGGUGUCGCAUGCAAGGCUCGGUCUUCGUUAACCAACGGGCGUCUGCAUAUCUCUUCGAGAAGCUCAAAGGCUCAAUUUAUGACGAUCCACAAGACAUCGAGAACAUAGUGAGGUGUUUCGAGAACACGGUCAAGCGUAGGUUCAAGGCAGCCACUGAACCCGCAUCCAUCCGGUUUGGCUCGCGCAACGACAAUGAGCCCGACUUCGGAAUAUCGAAGGGCAUCCUCAAGCUGACUGGGAAAGAAGUGUCGAGUUUCUUUGACCCCUCGCUAAAUGCUAUAAUGGACGCCAUUCAGGAGCAAUGGCGGGCCGGGGAACAUGUCGAUACAAUACUCUUCGUUGGAGGUUUUGCUGCCAGCGACUAUCUGUUCAACAGUUUACGCCGAGAACUGUCAGGCGCUGGCACCGAAAUCUCCCGCCCCGACGGAUACACGAACAAAGCGGUCGCUAACGGCGCGGUGGGUUUCUACGUAGAUCGGAUCGUAUCCACACGCGUGGUGCCGACUACCUACGGCACUGAUGGCGCCACUUUAUACGAUGCUAGCAACCCGGAGCAUGUAUUGCGAUCCGAAAGUGUCUACACGGACCCCGCUGGAGAUAGAAUGGUACCCAAUAGGUUUUUUACCAUUGUCUCGAAUGGAACCACAGUUCAUGCGGAGAAGGAGUAUACAAUUAAAAUGCAUCAAUUAUGGCAAAACCUUGGUGGAAAAGAGUUUACGGUGGAGGCGGAUGUCAUGUCCUACAGUGGUACUAGUGUCAAUCCCCAGUGGACGGACGUCGAGUCUGGAUCAUACCAUAAACUCUGCACCAUCUCUUCAGAGGUUUCCGAAGCUAUUAAAGCACUGCAGCCAAGGCGGGGCAAUGGACGCAGGACAUAUUACCAGCUGGGCUUCAAUGUCGUAUUGCAAUUUGGAUCCACAGAGCUCAAAGCUCAGAUAUCCUGGAUGGAGAACGUAAGUACUCACCGUAAAUUUACUACCGCUUAG